UGACGCUUCUGAGAAAAUGUUCCGGUUCAUGACCUUGCUUCUCGCAGCCAGCACAUUAGGCAAUGCAGUGACCGUGAAUGACUUCAACGACUAUGUGGACAGGGCCGUUGGCUCGAACCUUCCGCCUCUCAUUCGGAACGCAUAUUCGCUUUAUCCGGAGGCCCGCAUUCCCUCCCACACAUUCGAGCUGUUGGGAGAGUCCUCCUGGCAAAACAUGGAAGUGAGGUUGACCGAGGGGGCUGUGAAGGGACUGGACGUCGUCACUGAACGUAGCGGAAGCUGCAUAGAGCCGAUGGAGUUUCUGUCAGGCAUGUUGUCAGGCUGCGCCCUCGACUUGAGCAAACUCCAAGUCACGUACACUGCGCAGACGAACCGAGGCGGACGCAAGAGGUUCUGGGUGGAUGUGAGGGUCACAUCUGCAAAGGGUAGAAUCGAUCCGUUCAGAGUCGGGCGCCGACCCGCCAUGCGCGCGAUUGUCGCGACCCUCUAUCUGCAUCCCAUCGAGCUUCAGAACAGUUACGACCGCGAAUUAGCUCUCGAAUCACCCCGCCAGAUAAAGUUCGUGCGCCAAGUUGAGCGUUACACGCGAUCAGAGCUCUUCAAGAUCCUCCAAGGCAGCUACUUGAGGGUUCUUAGGAAUGCUUUCGCUUGCUUCGCCUGUAGACGACCCUCCUAA